AUGGAAUUUAUCGAAACAAUCUUAAAGACCAAAUUCUUCGGCAAAAGGUCUGAUCCUGCUGAGCGAUGGACUGUCAAAGUCAAUGCCAACUCUCCGAUGACUCUUCAAUCCGGAGGUACUGGCAAUCUCACCUCACCUCAUCUCAUCUCAGCUCUACUUUUGGCUGUCACGGAAUACUAA